UCCGUUUAAUGAAGUUCGGUGGUGGUCUCUGCUGUUUUGAUUGUUGUCGUCCACAGUUGGUGUGGAAUUUCUUUGAUCAAAGUGAUUUAGCAUUGUCUUCCUCAGUUGUGGCUGGUUUAAAUUUGAGAAAGAAGGGAGGUUUAAUUACUCAUUCUGCAGUCAAUGGCGAAUUGCGACAAUGGCCGAUCCGUUUUUCCCUUAACAAACUUACAAAUUGGGGAUUUGCAGUCAUAUCUUUCACAUCUCAGCCUGUUUAUGGCAUCUGACAGUGGAAAGUUCUAUAUCUUGGUGGACAACAGACCCUGGUUAAAAGAUCUCGUGUCACGGCCUACGCAUUUGUGGCAGUUGAUGGUCACUAAGUCCAGGUUGUCCCCAUUUGCAAACACUCGAGGUAGGAAGGACAAAAGGAUGAUAGGAGAAAUUUCAGAGCUUAAUGAUUCUUCGUCAUCGAACACAAGUAAACUAAGAAACUUCAAACAGUGGUUCUCGUUGAUUGAUGCUCUGAUGUUAUCCAGACAGAGGGCUUUGCUACCCGUAAAGAAGCUUAGGAAUUCUUUGAUUGCAAACAGUAAGUUGCAUAGAACCUUGUAUGGAUUCAUUGUGUUUGAGGUUGCAUGGAAAGAUAUACGGGGUAUUAACUAUUUGAAUGAGCUUCAGACCGAUACUUCACUUGCAUUAGAGGCUAAAGUCAUGAGAAGGUGGGAAUUUGACAGCAUAGGACAAGCAGCCAGGUCAAUAUGUUCAUGGUUCCCGGGCACACUUAACGAACAGAUUCUUCUGAAAGAGCAUUUAGAUGCUACUUUAGGGGAGAUCUUCUAUGAUGCUCAAGAAAGUUUCCCUAGGAGUAAUGAUGAUGGCGACGAUGAUGGUGGUGAUGAUGAUGUCGCUUGUGAUGACAUGUCUGACGAAGAUGAAUCUCCGUGCUCUGUGAGUGGCAGUUUCAAUAGUUUCAGCGUUUAUCCAGUAAUAACGGGAAACAGGACGAACAGACUAAAUACACCGCCUCUCCUUAAUGGUCCUUACAAGAGAAGGAAAGUCAUGAGGUCCAUCUAUCGUGAGCUCGGUAUUUCUUCUGAAGAAGCAGACUCUGAAACUGUUGAAAUAUUGUCUAACAGCCCUGAUUCAAGCGAUUGUGAAGAGACACUUAACCCUAAUCUGUACAGAGAUGUUUUAAUUUUGUUCCGAUUCAAUGAUCGAGACCUCCCUUUUAAACUAAAGGACAUAAUUAUGUCUGAUUUGCGGCUACUUACUCUUCUCGAAGCUGGGCUUCCAUCAUGGGUUAUUUUCCUUCAGUCGUACCCGGUAUUUUUCCAUUUUUACCGUCCGUGGAUGUGUCCCUUGGCCCGAGCUCUCUAUGUGCUUAUAUCAAUUGUAACUGUCCUUAUUGGAUUCUACGACUUGUACAAGAAUGUACCUCUCCUCAAGGCAACAGCGUCUAGUUUGUUCGGACCCCUCUUUGAUUGGAUAGAAACGUUGGAAAUGAUUUCAAGAAUCAAGUAUUUGGGAACCAUGUUAUUUCUUCAUAAUUUUCAGAAGGCAAUCAAGUGGUUUCUCAUGGUGACUCGGACUGUUCGUUCGUGUCUUUCAUUUUUCAUCGAGCCAAUGGCCGGACCUUUUGCCGAGCUUUUGGAACUGUUCCUUCCUGUUUGGAGUAUUUGUAUUCAACUAGCCGAGAGUUUCUUUUCAGUGACUUGGAUGGUGGUUGAGUCUUGUUUCUCGACGGUUGGAGACCUUGUAGAGAUUUUACUGAUGCCUUUAUGGUAUAUCUUGUCUGUUGUCUGGAAUGUCGCGAUAUAUGUUUUAUACCCGAUAUUCUGGAUUCUGUGGGAAGUUCUUUAUGCUCCAAUUCGGCUGGUCCUUGGAUUUUGUAGCCUUGUAGCUUACUUGUGUACAUCUAUGUGUGACUUGAUCGGGGAUUUGUUGCUAUUGGCAAGCAGCAUUUUUAAUUUUACAAAAGAUGUUGAGUCGACAGUUAGCUCGUAUGAGGUUUCUAUGUGGCGUUCUCUCUGGAAUGACCUUUUCUCCCAGAUUUUCCGCGCUCUCCGAAGUAUUCUUAAUGGAUUUGUGGCAUUCUUCACUACCUGCAAUAGACAUCGCCUCAGUAUCUAUAACCAUAUGAAGAAGCUCAACCGCAAAAUAUCAUGCACGGCUACGAGGCCAGCAGCUUCUGACAGAAAUAGUCGAAGUGGACCUACUUCCGGAGCUCAAACAACUCCAAGAGUUAGGAAAGAGUUCCAUUCCAAGAAGACUGCAUGAGAUCGAUACAAAACGUAUACAUUACAUACAACAACACUUUACGGCGGGUAAUAUCAUCUGUAUAUACGAGAGGAGGCUGACAAUAGGCAUCAAUUAGUGAGAUUUGUAUAUAUUAUAUCGCAAUAUUUGUGAAAGAAAUGAGAAAGAAAAAAGUCUUCGGAGGUGUUAGCAUUCACGACUAGAAGGAAAACAGUAAUCGGAGGUGUUAGAAUUCCUGUAAGAUCUGGGAUCCUUGAGUUAUUUUCUUUCUAAUCGUUGUAUUCUUGUAAUCUCACGAGGCGGGCUCACAACUUCUUCCGACUUAACCAUGUAUAUAUUCUUCUUCCUAAUGUUGCUGAUCACUUUUGUAAGUAAAUGCAUACAUAGUGUAUUAUAUCAUCAAUAUAGCGAGCUUACAAGUACGAAAUUCUUUCUCA